AUGUCGCCAUCUUUACCACUACGGACACGCCUCUCCCCUUUAGCGUUCCAACUCGCUACCCGCCGCCAUGUCACCCCUCACCCCCGAACCAUCGUCUCCUCCGCCGCCUCAUCAGCAACCGAACCCGAACCCGCCAGCCUCCACACCCCCCAACCCACCCGCCGCAAACCUCUCUCAGCAGAACAGAAACGCUUCCUCGACUCCGCCCUCCGCGUCAACCAAGCCGGCGAACUAGCCGCAACCCUGAUCUACACCGCCCAAACCCCGCCCCUCAAUAAAUCCCACCCGCAUCUCCGUCCCCUAAUGAAACACAUGUACGACCAAGAAGCCGGGCACUUCACCUACUUCAACCAUAUUUUGGCUAAACACCGCAUCCGUCCCACACUCAUGUACCCUUUCUGGCAUGUCGCGGCUACAGGGUUAGGAUGGGUGACGGGUGCCAUGGGCCGGGAGGCCGCGAUGGCGUGUACGGAGGCCGUGGAGACGGAGAUUGGAGGGCAUUAUAAUGGGCAGGUUAAGGUGCUUUUGGCGUGGGUGGAGGGGAUGGAGCGGAGGGGGGAGGAAAUUGGAGAGGAGUUGCAGGGGCUUAUCAAGGAGAUUCGCAGGAUUCGGGAUGAGGAGUUGGAGCAUUUGGAUCAUGCGGUCGAGAAUGAUGCGAAGGAGGCGAAGCCGUAUGAGUUGUUGACGGGGGUGAUUCGGGCGGGGUGUAGGGGGGCGAUUUGGGUUAGUGAGAAGGUGUGA